AUGCGCAGGAAGGCAGGUGCCUGCCGGCUGGUCGGGAGCCGGGAGCAUCGCGGGCAGCCCGGCGUCCUCAUGGUGCCGUGUCAGGGCGGCGAGGCCACCGCUGUUCCGGUAGCGGGCGGAAAGGAGCCGGAGGUGCCGCUGGGCCGGGAGGACGGUGCGGGCGCGGGGCAGUGCCUGUGCCCGGAGCCCGGCAUGGAGGCGGCGGGCGCCGAAGAGCGCCGCGUUUGUGGCUGCUGCUCGGGCUUGUCCUGGCCGCGCUGCUGCAAGGCACCCGGAACAAAGAAGAAAGCUGCAUGUCCAGGACUUGGUCUGUUUUAUACCGUACUGUCUGCCUUCCUUUUCUCAGUGGCCUCUUUAUUUCUUAAAAAAAUAGAAGAUGUACAUUCAGUGGAAGUGAGUGCAUUUCGAUGUGUUUUCCAAAUGGCAUUCGUACUUCCUGGUUUAAUAUACUACAAAACAGGGUUUUUGGGACCAAAAGGUAAAAGAAUUUUUCUUUUCUUCCGAGGAUUCCUUGGCUCUAGCGCAAUGAUUCUUCUCUACUAUGCUUUUCAAGUCAUGCCACUAGCUGAUGCCACUGUUAUAACUUUUAGCAGUCCUGUUUUUACAUCGUUGCUAGCGUGGAUCUUUCUCAAAGAGAAAUACAGUAUUUGGGAUCUUCUGUUUACCCUCUUCGCAAUCACUGGAGUGAUUCUUAUUGCUCGACCACCGUUUCUGUUUGGGUCAAACGUUACAGGGAUUGAAGGAAGUUACACAGAUCAUCUUAAAGGGACCAUAGCAGCAAUUACAAGCACAGUAUCUGGAGCUUCCACUUUUGUUAUAAUAAGGAAGGUGGGAAAAUCUGUGCAUUACUUUUUGUCAAUUUGGUAUUAUGCAGUCAUUGGUUUAAUUGGAUGUGUUAUAGCAUUGUUUGUUAUGAAUGAAUGGCGUUUACCAUACUGUGGUAAAGACAGAGUUCUUCUAAUACUAAUAGGCUUGUUAGGGCUAGGGGGUCAGAUAUUUCUCACAAAAGCGUUACAAAUAGAGAAAGCUGGACCUGUAGCCAUAAUGAAAACAAUGGAUGUGGUGUUUGCUUUUAUUUUACAAAUUCUUUUUCUCAAUCAUCUCCCAACUUGGUGGACUGUGGGUGGUGCCCUUUGUGUAGUAGCCAGUAGUUCUGGAACUGCCAUUCGCAAGUGGCGACAAAGCUUGAAAAAAGCUAAACAAAAUGAAAUCUAACAAUACAUGCAGUAUCACAUUAUAGAAACAAGCAGUCUUGAAAUAUAUAUACAAUAUUUAUUUUUAUUUAUUUUAAAUAGCUCAUUUACCAAAUUGUAGUAUGAAGCUAUAUACAAUGAAAUAAGUUGAUUAAAAAAAAACAAAACAACAAACCAAAAUAAACAACCAAAUCUGAUGAUGUUUUAACAACUGAUAAGGUAUAUUACUUCCUUUCUCAUAUUUAGGCAUACAGUUAUGAGAAUUAGGAAGAUAUUUAAAAGUUGCUUGCUUCCUAUCUAAAGUGGACAAUAGUUUUUGGCAUUUAUUUUCCUAAAAUUCCUGAUUCUCCACUUCUUAGACCAUUUUUCUGUUCUGCUAAGCAAUGGAAAUCAGUCUCCCAAGCUUAUUUAAUGCUAUUCUCUGCUUGGUUACCAGAGGGAUUGUAGUAUAAAAGUUAGAGGGGAAUGAAAAAUUCUAAUCCUGUAAACAUCCAGCUUUUAUAGAACAGGUAAAGCUUGCACAUUUACAAUUUUUCUAAUUUUUUAAUUUAAAUUUUUUUUUGGCACAAAACAGAUGUCAAAUGGGGAUUUAUUUUAAAUUUGGAUUCUAAAAGGAUUAAGGAUAUUUUAUAUCUUUCCAAGUAAUAUCAGAAGAAAAUGAACUUGUUCAAAUUACCUAACAGCUUUGCUUUCUUUUUUUAAAAAAAGUAAACAUUUGCACUUGCUUUACAGAGAUAAUGAAACAAUCUAACCACCUUUGUUUUUUAGUGUGAUUUUCCCAAUAAACAUCUUUAGAUGCUGUACUCUCAGUGAUGAGAGACAACAGUUAUUGUAUACCACUUAUAAAUCAAUUGUGGUAUGGAAUAUUAUGCUGUAGCUGCACUUUUUAUUCUAUGCAAAAUAUUGUAUUUUUUUAGGUAUUUAAUAUAGGUUAUUUUAAAUGCUGCUUACAACCCUUUCAUUUAGAUUAUUUUGUACAAAAGCUCUUUAUGAGACCAUGUUUGACUCUUCUUGGCCUUCAUAAAGUUAGGCAAAAGUUUUAUUGUAGAUUGUCCUAUUUCCUAAGUAUUUACAAGAGUGCAGAGUAAUUGCAGUUUCACAGAAAAUGCAGGUUGGACGAGGUUGUGGCAGAGGUUCUGCCAAAGAGGUUUGAGGACAACUUGGUGGGAGGGUGAAGCUAUGCGUACACAUCUCGUGACAUGGAGGCAUGCACACUACAUCAGGCAAUGCUAGUGGCACUGGGGGCAGCUUCAGCCCCAUUUCUGCAGCUGACCCUUUUAAAUCUGCACUUAGUCACUUCUCUUACACAUCAUCUCACUUUAUAGGCUUUAUCUUGAUUGCUACAAAUACAAAGAAAAAAGGCUUUUGUUAUUUAUCUUAGUGUCCUUCAUGUUUGAGAAAGAAUAUGUGGUUAGUAUCAGGUAGGACAAUUUUCCCAAAUGGAGUCUUAUAUACUGUUGGGUCAUUGUCUCAGUAGUGCUUAAAGAAAAAUUUUACUUGGAUCUUUACUUGGUCCUCUUGAAGUGUUUUUCAGUUAUUUACUCACUCCAGUGUUUUUCUAAAGGAGAAUACGUUCUGUAGACUUGAUAUAUGUGGGUUGUUUUGUUGUUGUUUUUUUUUUUUCAAAAACUCUGAAGGUAGCAGAUGUUUUCUAAUUUUGAUAUACAGAUCUCUAGUCACACAUCUUUUCUUUUGCUAAUAAACAUUGCAUCCUGGCAGGACAGACUUAGCGGACUUGAGUCCCAAAGGACUGUAAUGUGUGUAGUACUUUGGAAUGCAUCUGGAUGCUAGGAGCCUUAUUUGUGCAAGAGUCUGUAUGUAAACCAGCACCCUGAAUCCAUAUGUGUUUAUGGACAUGAACAGAUUCCACUUCAGUGGUUGAAUCAGUUCCUGCUUAUAGCUGUCUGGUCUCUAGCUGAACUUCAUCCUUCAGGAGAAGCACAGCUGAAAAGGUCAGGAGUAGCAUGAAACUGCUUUCACAUCUCUUUAAAGCCUGAUGUAAUGAAAUUCCAAUUUGGCCCCAGUUUCGCUUAAUAUUUGAGAUUAUGAACUGGUAUUGUUUCUUAUGGUGCUCAGCCAUCACUGCCAGUGAGCGACAGCUUUCAGGGGAGGGAGGGAAAACAGGUGCAUUUUUUUACUGCUUCAUUUCAUCUUUGAAUUGACACUUACAAAGGUGUGGUUCCAAAGCAGUUCAGAUUUGAUAUAAACUUGGGAUGUCAGCUAGUCCUGGUCCUCCCAUUGGCUUAGUGCUCAUUCUUAUGUGGUUCACUGGCCCCAGGAGCUGAUGAGGGCAAAACCAGAGUAGCCUGAAUUUGACAGUGUGAAAUGGAAUUAGAAAGGGGAAUUGGAUAACAGUUUGAAUUCCAGCAUAUGAAUGCUACUUUGUCAUAAUAUAUGUAGAAGCUCAUAUAAAAAAAAUCUUUAGGUCAUAUGAUUUCAAUGAAUUUUGUUUACACUUAGUAGAGAGGAACAGGCUACUGAAAAAAGGACUGCUUUCUUGCCCUUAACACAUAAGUAAGUUCAGAAAAAAAAAAUACCUGAAAUCAAUGUGAUCCAGUGAUUGGUAAUUUUUAUCUCAAGUUCUUGCAGAAACCCUUUUUAUGUAUUUCCAUACCUGUAGUGCCAGAAAACGCAGAUGAUUGUUGGUUUUUUUCCAUAGUCUAAACCUACCAGGUUUCCUUAUGGGCUCCAUCUGCUUAUUUCCUUUUGCUGUACUUAAACCUUCCUAAAUAUUGAAAUUGUUAAAAUAAUAAUUUAAACAAGAUCCCAUGUUGGACAACGUUGUAUUUUUUGGUAUAUUAUUUUGAUUUUAAUCCAUCUUUUAGAGAAUUGUUUAACUAGCGUGAGAAUUAAGGACUUGACCAGGGCUUCUCAAGUCAUAAAGCACGCCAAGCCAAUAACUGGCUUUUCUAGAUGAUAUUGGGAACAGAAGACAUUUAAGCUAAUUUUCAACCACCUCAAUUUAAAAAUUUUUCUUCCUCUCAAAUGUUGUUGAAAACCUAGAUUUUAGUUGGAAGUCUUGAAGAAAAUGAAAUUAUAAAAGAUUAUGGAUACACUAAAAUGUUUGGUUUCUUAAUUGAAAAUAUUUCUUAAAAUUCCUGGUAAGAUGGUCAAACUUUUUUUUUUCCCAGAACUUCACAGUUUGAGAAUCUGAAAUUAAAUUGGCUGAGCCUUGAUUCUAUCAGAUUCUGAUAGAAUCAGUUCCUUUUUAAUUUUUUUUAAUUUUUUUUUUUUUAUUUCCUUGGAUAGAUUUUUAAUUUGAAAUCUUUUUUUAGCUUUGAAAGCUAAAAUAGAGCAAGUCUCUCAGGGUCAAAUGUUAUUUUUCUGAGCUUUGAUUCAGAAAUAUAUUAUUAAUGUUCAUCACCUGUAGCAUCCUGUUGUGAUUCUUAAACUGGUUUUAAGUUUGAUAAAUGUACUUUCCUAAUAGCAAGUCCUUCCUUUGUAAUAUGACAAAAUGUUGUUGCAGUGCAAUUUCUGUGCUAUAAAGUUGUUUCUCUUGAA